GUUUGCUGGCGAAUGGAUCAUUGUGAAGACGAAGCCUUUAAAAACAUAGCCGUAUAACCAUUCCUUGAAGUCGCAGCAGCGGCAAGUCCCGAGCAAUCACUAACUAACCACCUACCUACGUAAUAACUACCUCCGCAUAAACACACAACCACCACGCUAACCCCGAUUCGGAUCCCCCAGCACGACCAUAACAACGCCCUCCGCCUACAAAAACCUCCUCCCCCUCCACUUCCCACCUACUCCACAUCAGCUUACAACAAUCUCCCUCACAAACCCCACCAACCCGCGAUCAAGUCAGAUCAAAACAAGCACCAUCUCUUUCAAAAUGCCCUCAACCUACGACAUCCUCACGCCCCUGCAGCAGCUCCUGCACCACCGCCGCGUCACCGAAGCCGCCUACGCCAUGAUCGUGCGCGUCGAAGCCAAGCGCGCCCUCAUCAACCGCAUGUGCGCUGAAGGCGACUACGAGGGCUACGUUCUUCAGGCCGUUCAGGGCGUCUUGAACAGAUUGGGACCGGUCGAGCUCCUCGAUUUCGAAGACGACGUCCAGAAGGGUGCUUCUGCUGCCUCUGACUACGGUGCCCGCGCUGCUGGAGCCGGCACUGCUACCUCUGGCCUCUCUACGGGCCCGACGAACACGACUCUUCCGCUCGUCAUCAUCACCGACACGACGAUGACGCGCGCCAUGCCCACGACGCCGCCGCCCGUCAGAACCACGGCGAUCGUGCGCAGCCGCUCGACUACUACUAGCGUCCCGAGCACCCCGACUACUCUGUCUUCUCCUGCCCAUGGCAGCAACACCUCCACGCCCGACUCGGCUGCCGCGCGCAUGCUCGGCUCGCAGUUGCUGCAGUGGGGCGUUGCAGGCUCGGAGGAGGAGACGCGCGCGCUUGUUGCUGGUGUUGAGGGGCUCGCUUUGGAGAGCGCUGCUCCUGAGAUCGUCGAGCAUGAUGCUGUUAUGGGUGAUGCGUGUGUUGAUGGUGAGGGUGAGGAUGUGGAUGCUGACGAUGACCGCGAGCUUGAGCUUGACGUCGAUGAUGCGGCUACGGAGUGGGGCUCUGAUGAGACGAUGGUAGGCUCGGAUAACUAG